AUGGCGUUGAUGCUUCACUCUGGUGUGGCGCUACCCCAGGACAGCAUCUCUCAGCCCUUCAGGCCGAUUCCUCGCAGUGGUGCUGACCCAGAGGCAAAUCGCCGGUCCAAGUCGCAUCCUUCGCAGGCUUUCCGCAGGGCUCCAUCCGAGUCGCAGCCUCGUGCACGGUCGGAGGAGGGCCCUGCUGCAAGCCCCGACUCAUGGGAUGAGGAUGAAGAUGAAGAGGAAGACGUGGACUCCGAGAAUGCUCAGACCUCGGCUGCUUUGCUUUGGGCACAACAACUCCAGGUAUCUCAGGAGUCGGAGACCGAGCCGAUCCGGGCGCAAGACCGGAACCAGGCCCCAAUGCCCGACAUGCGGCGACUGGGAGAGGAAGCCAGACGUGGCCCGCAGCGUCAGGCUGGCCCUCACUCUGGCGUGCCGUCUCCCGUCAGUCUCCAAGCAUGGUUCGAGGAGCUUGCCCAGAACCGAACGCCCACAGAGAACUACAUGGAUCAGGACCCGACAGCCACAGCAUCCGGCCUGCCUCACUGGUUCAUCCCUGGCCACGCUGGGGCUCCGAUGGACACAUCCGGCGUGCAGCAACUGACACCCACUCAGACCUUGCGGGCUAUCCAUCCCACUGCACGUGACCGUCGGCAGGGCCGCCGCUCUGUCAGUGCGCCGCGGCUGUCCCGAGGUCACCAUGUACCUCCAGAACGACGUAAUCCCCUUCCUGUGCGCCGAUCGAACAUGCCCAACAACUUAUUGGACUUCCGCUCCAUCCGGGUCUUUUCACCGCUGACGCCACUGGCCCGGGAAAUGCAGAUGUUUCAUCGGGCGACCGGUGCUCAGGUCUCGGCCCGGCCUGCAGCCGAGCAGGUGUUCACCAUGGAGAGGCUGCGGGAGAUUACCGCAGAGCGCCUUCGAAUGAUGCAGGGUGGGCCCUUUGCCAUGAGCGCCUUUGCGGGAGCCCCGGCCCCGGCUCCCUGGCCCGGCCAGCGGGGCCUCGGCCUCUCACCCGAAGAGCUUCUGACGGUGCGGACUGUCUGGAAGGUGAGCCGCGAGUCCGAGCUUUGCACUGACUUCGACUGCUGUGCCAUUUGCUUGGACGGAAGCGACGACAAGCGCGAGCUGAUUGCCUUGCCUUGUGAGCAUGUGUUCUGUGCAGACUGCUUGUGCACAUGGCUGGCCCGCAAUCCAACUUGCGUCUUAUGCAAGAAAGACAUGCGACUCGCUGUGGCUAAGCUACGGCGAUGGCACAGAACCUCUGGCGAAGACAGUGCUCAGACCUAG